AUGGUGAAAUACCUGAGGGAAGUGACACCGUACUUCAGGAAGGCGUCAAUCAUCCAAGAGGUCGGGUGGGAGUUGCAGAGAGGUUUUUUAAGUGCCACACCACCCCCUCCAAAGUCACCCCCAAGAGCGGACACUCGUUAUCUACCCCUUCAGCUAUGUAGACUCACGAGAGCUCACCCUUCCUCAGAUCCGGAGGGAAGAAUUUUAGAGCUUCAUUCACCCGAUGGCGUUCACGAGUGCUGGCUAAGAGCAUCUGACAAUGCUGAAGCGAAUGUGUGGUUCAAUGCACUUCACUCAGCACUAGCAGCUCUCACACUCAAAGCCCUGAGGCUUGCAUCUGCACUACCAGAUCCUCCACAGCUUCAACACAUUGGAUGGCUCGCCAGGCGACACUGUGUUCAGAAUGGUCGGGCUAGCAGUGAAAGCAGUGAAGAUGGUGCAGGGAGUAGUGCGAGCAUGUCAAGAGGAGCUGGAAGCAGUUAUGGAUGUGCUGGUGGAUGGCGAAGUGUCUUUGGUGCUGUUUCUGGACGUGAAUUGAGGCUGUAUGAAUGUGCACCCUGGAGCCCAGAGGCAUGGGCGUCACCAAGUAUCACGUGUCCACUCAUCGCGACCAGACUGGUUUCAUCACCAACGAGGAACAGCGAAGCGUCGAGCAGCAAUUCAACGCUGCACGGUGCGACAUUUGCUGUUCGUGUUGGCACUAUAGACGGUGUUAUUACGCAUCACCUCAGGGCAGAGACGCGCAGAGAUUUAGCUGCCUGGGCGAGGGCAAUAGUUCAGGGAUGUCACACAGCUGCUCAAUCGAUGCGUGAAUACACAGUUCGAUGCCUGUGGCAGAGUCGGCCCUGUCAGCUCAUCGUCAAUCAUGAGGAGGGCUUCAUGCUUUAUGCAGCCAACACCAGAGGCGUUAAUGGGGUCAGUCCUGGAUCACCACCGGCACCACUUUGGAAGAGGUCGUUCGAUAAACUCAGAAUGUCCGCUGAUGACGGCGCACGGCUCCUGUGGCUAGACUUUGGUGGUGAUGAUGGCGAGAUGGAACUCGAUCUUGAGAGCUGUCCAAAGCCAAUUGUCUUUGUGCUUCACAAUUUUCUCUCAGCGAAGAUUCACCGAUUGGGCUUGACCGCAUAGGGGUACGAGGGGGCUUCGACGGAGGCCCCCGAUCUACCACCCCACACCACUCGUUCCGUAACCAGUGUCUUUCUCCACUAGGAACACUUUACCUUCAGUUGAAUGAGUGGGUGGCCUCUUCAAUCAUCCUCAGUUUAUUCGAUUGAGGAUCAAGAGGAUUGCAUCUACAACGGGAAACGGGUAGGUCUGUCACAUUCCAGAGGAUCACACAAUAAACAUCAAACGAUUUUUUAAAAAAUUCCUCAACCUUUACCCAGAGCCAAGCCCAGUAACAAAAAAACAAAAACCAACGACAUUAACUUAAGAAAGUAAAUGGACUAUCUGUAGACUUCACCAAGUGAAUCCAACCAGAUAAAUGAAAAUAUGUAAUGAUUUAUCGACUCGAAGCCAUCCAUGAUUUCUACACUGAAUUCUCCUGCAUAACACUUCAUUCCCAUCACGAAUCUACUCUUCCUAAGACAGUCAUCAGGUCCACACGAGUGGAAAUCGCUGACGACUUUGAGUGAUUUGUCAGAGUGACUGAAUAAAUAUCAUAAUAAAACUAAAGAGUUAAGGAUAACUGAGAUAAAGUGGGAAGAUAUGCAAGUUGUCUACUGUCUAAUAAUAUAACGAGUUAUUAACGAAAUUAAUGAAAAAUAUUGCCCAUUUGCAUAUAUACUAUAAAUAAAUAUAUGAAGCAAGCGAGAAUGAGAGGGAAAUAACGAACGCGUUGAAAUUGAACGAAAUGAGGUAGAGAUUAUCAGGAGAAUGGUGGUACUCAAUUACACAUUAAUGGCUAAUUUAUAAAUGUUAAAAAUGUGCUGUAGCUCGCUGGUAACUAAUCGCUCGGCUACUUGAUUAUUCAGCUACCCCCCCUUAACCUACCCCAUCAAUUUGGCCCCUCCUGGAUGUUUCGAAGAAUUGAGAGUGGAAUUUUUCGGAUAAAUUAACUAUCUAGAACCUCUAAAUUACGAAAGACCUAUUAGAUAUUCUUAUGGAGUAGUAACAAGUAGUGAUGUGAAUAAUUGAGCAAGCCGAGUUCAGGGCCAAUUAGCCGAGUAUAAUUGAAACAUUGACAGAAACAAAGGCUGAUUAAAAACGCGCCCGACGUUUUCUCCGUUAAUUGAUUAUGAUUUUUUAAAGCGGUUUUUUGAAUGAGGAAUGGCACCUCGCGCUUAUGACGAUAAAAAAAGAAAUUCCUCGAGGCACCAGCGAUGCCAAAGCGCUCUAGUUGUUUUAUACGGUUCGUAUCCUUAACGUAAUUAAAUUUACGGAGGCGAGAAAAUGUUUUCUGAAUGCAAAUACAUAAACGUACACGUACACGUACACAUACACGUACACGUACACGCACAAUAGAGUCAAGGAGACACGUACAUAUCCUGAUACAAUUGUAAUGGAGCAGGAUGGCUGGGUGUGUUAUCAUGAAAUUUUACGGUGGUAUAACUGAUGUAAUUUAAAUUGUACCCCGAGAACGAGCACACAGCGAUUUCAAAUUGAUGACUCUUCCUUCUAUCCAUAUCCAGGACACCCUUCCAGGGCACCCUUUUCUUGGGAUAAUCCGUGUAAAUUAAGUUAGGUAACGUUGCACGCAGAGCUCUCAUCCUCGGGAUGAGCUUUGUAUGCGUUUAGUCGCACGUCUCCGACUGCAACUGCAACUUUCAAAGUUAACGGAUGAUGAAUUGUAGUUUAUGGUGAGAGAGUGAAGUCAAAAUCAAAUAUAUGGGAGGGAUGAGGGAUUAUUGCUGAGCUUUUACAUUCCAUUGGGAACUUUCAACGAGGGAGUAAUCACUCUGGAUAAGGUGGUCUGAUUUUACCGGAAGAUUAUGAAAUUUCAAGGAUCAAAUUCAUGCAGAUUACUGUAUCAUUCCGCCAAUUUAUUAAAAUUCUCAUUCCAAUUGUACAUCGGAUUUUAAGGGUGAUUACCUCCAACUCGAACAGAAUUUAACAUCGAUCCAAUUCCGUUUUUUACAAAUGAGUGACGAAUCAAAAGUUAUUUUUACAAAACAAUUUGUAAGUAAUUCAAGAGUAUUUGUGAUUAGUCAAUUGUAGGCAUAUCAUUUGUGAUCGAUCAUUUGCCAUUGUCUAUCACAGUUGAGUGGAGACUUGAGUUUUGUGUGUCACCGUUUGGCAGAGGAAUAUGGGAAGGCAUUAUUAACCGAAGGAGAGAGUAAUUCUAUUGAAGGAAGAAAUUCAAUUAAACCCCAACGCUUUUACUUGAAUACCUGACACGUCGGACAUUAAAAUUGCAUUAUUCUAUACUGCAGUGUCCGACGCGUUGUACCCAAUAAAUGUAAUAAUUUUCCUCUUCAUAAACAUGAAACAAAAAUGAACAAAAACGGGUUGUGAGCUAUUGUUUUAGCUCGUUCACGCGGUACGAUAAAUGGUCGACGAGCUCUUAACCAAUUAUCGGAAUAAUAGCUUGGAGGAGGGCUGCUCUUCACCUCUGAAUGGGCCACCAACGAAACCUCCACGAAAACCCCAUGAGUACUAGUUAACAAUGUAAUAAAUAAGCGGAUAUGAGUGAAAUUUGAUGUAUAAAAUUUUUGUGAAUGGCAAGUACAAGUGAAGAUUAAAUUUCAAUACAUGUUGUAAAUGAUACGGCCAAAAAUGUUUCGAACAGGAUAUAAAUGAGUUGGUGAAAGCAUGAAAGAUGGAGAGGUAAUAGGAGUGGAAAAAAAAAUUGGUUGUUACAAAAUCGAGAGCGGAAGGCCAUUAAUUGAGGCUCUCGAAUGACAACUGGAGGCGAACAAUAAAUCAAUUUUUUUUGCAAUUUAAUUAGACAUAUCAACGAAUAACACGUAAAUCUGUUCUUCA